UACAGAUGUACAGCUGAUUUUCUACGGAUUAUCAAGUUCUGUGAAAUCAAACAUCGAAACGUAACGUUAUUUUAGGAAAUUUAAUGUACCAAAAGUGCGUUAGAUAAACUAGCUUGAAGGGCACUAGCACUCCGCGAGGAUUCCGAAGGAAAAUUGCUGUUGUAGACAACAGCCCUAUGUGCGACUAGUAGAUGUGCAGAGUUACAAAUGCAUCAUUUAGGUACUGCUUAGACAGAAUCCCCAUAUGCAGAAGUGGACGGGUCAUUACGAGACGAUUAUAGGGCCUAAAAGAUUGUCACAAAAUGGACUCCAUACUCUCGUUUGUUUGGGUUCCUUAUGCAGAUCUCUAUGGAUUGCGUGCUGUGUUGCGUAUAUCGUAUCCCAGCGAUGAUGCAAUGGUGGCGCGUUUGCCUAUUAAUCGCAAGAACAUAAAACAUAAUUGCAGUUAUUCAUCGAGAACGUGUAAUCAACAGGAGAUGUCAACACUUCCGAGCUCAUUCGCAGCGAGAACCCCGUUUGAUGCUUUUUUUCGUGCCCGCUAUACUCUACAGACUUUGACUCACAACGUCGAUGCAGUCGGAAAUUUCGAUUAUUUAAUAGAUACAUUGCUCAACCCAAUUUUGGUUCCUCUUGAUCAUCUUACGGCUUCUCUCGGGCCCUAUCUGGUGGCACUGGUUGUGCUUCUAUUAGGAUCAGUUAUAGUAAUUUGCUACAUCCUCGGUAUUGAAUGGUAUCUUCGGCAUGAGCUACAAAAUACACUGGGGUUUGCUUUGAUUCUCGGGCAUUUCUUACAGUUCACUGCGUGGUAUCAUUUCUAUAAGGGCGUGGUGCUUGAUCCAGGAUACCCAACAAUCAACAGUUAUUCCUCUGACAAUACCUCCGUGUGCCGAAAGUGUGUUUUUCCUAGACCGCCCCGAGCGCACCAUUGUUCUGUCUGCAAACGAUGUAUACUUCGCAUGGACCAUCAUUGUCCGUGGCUGAACAACUGUGUCGGCCUUCACACACAUCGACAUUUCUACCUAUUCAGUGCGUCCACGCUUGCAGGCUGCCUAUUCAUCGGUGUCUUCGGCUUGCCGGUCCUCUACGAGCAUUUGACCACCAAAAAAGAUGACACCUAUUUCGAACAGAAGCCUGUUACAUACCUGGGUCGCUGGGUGGCCACCCGAAGUUACCGCUGGGUUGUAUGGUACACGGUUUUUAUGGUCCUUGGAGUUGGUCUCUGUGUGUUUGGACUGUUUUGCUGGCAUACCCGGUUAAUACUUGCCAACGAGACUUCGAUUGAGCAGCUAAUAAAUUCGGCCGAAAAAUGCAGGCACAAAGCUAUGGGUCUAAGGUACAAAAACCCUUAUGAUAACGGUUGGCUACUCAACUUGAAGGAAGUAGUUCUUCUUGAAGGUCAGAAAAGCCUAUGGAACGUAGUGCUGCCUUGGAUUGAGGUUGAUUAUUGGUUAGCAAAUCUAUCGGUCUUAAAAUCCAGAAAGAAAGUCAAGGGCACAAAUAAAAUUGUAUAAAGUAUGCGUACACUGCUAGUGUCUACCAAAUUGUUAAACCCACAUGUAUGUUUAUACCAUCGCGUACAGAAUGGUAUCUCGACAUGCAAAUAAAUUUUCAAAAAAUAUUGAUCUUGCCUCAUCUAGACAAUCGUUCUGGAUCUCAAAAACCACUUUGUCCUCAGGGUUAAUUAAGCUAAUAACAAAAAAAGAUACUUUUUGUAAUACUUUUUACCUUUAUUGUUGAUCUGUUUAUUACCCUUAUCAUAAUAUAUCAGAUAAAAAUUAUUUUACCGUUAUGGAAUACUCGAAAAAGAUGAGCGAAACAGAACAUGAUUCUAAGUUAUUCCGGUUUUAAAUAUUCCUAUUUGUAUUUUGUGGUAUUUGACAAAGUUGCAAACAAAUAAAUAACGCUAUUCUAAUGAUUUGUUUCUUCAUUUAAAUGUACAGCUCCCCUAAAACCGUAAUCACUCUUUGUCAUAUACAACCAAAUAAAAAAUCGGACAUGUCAUCAAAACUCCUAAUCUUAUGACUCCAUGCAGGCCAGAGGUUGGGAGUUUUUAUUUAGCAAAAUUAUCCAUCGUACCUUCAUUAUGAUUAAUUCUUUCGAUUAAUGCUUAUUUAACAUAUCUAUAACAAAUCAAUUGCCACAGUAAUCGAUUUGUAAGAAUUGUAAAAUUUCUCUGUAAAAUCCGUUGCUUCCAUUUCCGCGGUGUGUUUGUUUGCUACAGAUUUAGUGUGAAAUAAGCAAAGUAUAGUUGUUUAUUACAUAACGAUAUCCUCAAAAGCGACCAUGUUCGUUAAACUUUUAAAGUGCCAGGCUAUGUUUUGAACAACAUUCUGUAGAUAUCCGCUGGCUCCAUUUGUAUCCAAAGCUAUUCCCGGAUCACAAUGUAGGUAUGUACGAUUGUGCUACUGCGCUCGUAAUUCAGCAGAGCUUAACGUUUUAGGUAAAGAAAAGCCUCGUUAAAUGUCCGAUGUCGGGAUAUAUUUGGUCCAAAUUUUGUACUCGAAUAAUAAAUAUUUAGAAUUCUAGCUAGCUUACAGACUGCUCUCGCAAAUUGCCACGAAAAAGAAUAUGUGGUAAUUUUCCCGAUGGGAAUCAAUAGUGUCAAAUCAAAAUAGAUUAUGGCAUGAUGAUCGAAAAAAUGUCAGCUAGGUUUUCUUAUAUAAUGCAUAUCUACCUAACGACCUUAGGCUGAUGCAUACAUGUAUAGAUUCUACCAAAAUGUCUAUAUCCAGCUUCACGGCCUUGCUGAAACAGCAGUACAAGUUUAUGCCGAAGGAAGUUCUUACUAUAGAAAAUCACAUCUAUAAUGACUGAAAAAAAAUUAUAAUGAUAACUAAUUAUAAAGAUUUAAAAGAAGAGGGCUGAAGGGCAACAAGUGUUUUUAAUGGCAAAGUCAUACGAAUAUAUUAUCGUAUGUUUAUAUAUACUAAAAGGAUCAUAUUCGUUAACACAGAAAUAGUGUAAGAAUGUUCCAUUUCAACUUGUUAUUGUUAAGUUGCUUUAAUUAUAACACUGUGUGAUUAUUCCAUCUCCAUUCUUGCACAAUAGAUCACCGACCGGUGUAGUGUCAGCAGCAUUAUGUGUAAAAGUUAAAAAUACAAUAUAUAUAUACCUAGAUAUGUAACUGCGCGUACCUAUGUUACUCCCCAAUAAAUCCCACAUGAUGUGUAAACCAAAAAGUCGCUGAUUCAAACACAGUUUAUUCAACAUGUGCGCUUUAUUAUUUCAUAAGAGGGCCGUUCCAGUAAUUGUUGUUUAUACUUUGCGUAUUUGGCGUACAAAACGUACUUAGCGACUUUUAACCGUUAUAGCUAAUUUUACCGGCUAUUUAGCAUGUAUCUAGAAAUUAUUCCCUGCGACACAUAAUUGCACAACCCCUGGCAGUCGGCUCAAUUUGGACCUAGACUUAACUUAUGCCUCUAUCAUCUAAUCAUGUUCUAUUAAAUAUUCCAAUUUUUUUUCAUUAGAUCUAGCUAUUGGAUAGGCACGAGUUUGAAUGACCAUCUCUUGUCGUUGCUUCGCUGUUUGUCGUAUUGCAUGUCCCUUCACUAAAAGCCCUCUAGGCAUAAUACAUUGAUAACGCGGCUGGCAUAAAUGCGCACAAUGUUACGUUUGCACAGGAUAGACGAUUAGCCUUUACUUCUAAACUAACGCAUUACCUUUUACAUAUUGAGGGGCUAACUCUAUUGCUGCUUCAUUGAAGAUAUACCGCCAAGUUUUCUAUAGAUAAAAGGUGUUAGUCACGGUCAACUACAAUAUAUCCAAGGUACAGUCCAACAUAUCUAACUAUGCUUGCAAUAAUCCUACGUUGUUCUACAGACCGACAAUGACAGCGGCAGCAAAUAUCAUUAUUAGUCACCAGCCUAUUCCUUUCACUUUUGUCUUGUUUUCCGGACCGCGCACUCCUCUCAUUACCUUCUUGCGAAUCUAGCGCCGUCGACUGUCACUGGCUGAUCAAGUCUAUACCC